GCUACCUGAUCCUUUGAACUCAAGAUGCCAGUGAUGGAUCCUGACACCACUACUGAGGUGUGGUUCCUCUCUAGGCCCAGGCUUGCUUACAGACUAUUCUUGAGCAGGGGGUUGGACUCGAUGGCCUUAUAGGCCCCUUCCAACUCUACUAUUCUAUGAUUCUGUGAUUAUUUGGCACAGAUGACCCUGCAGUGUGGUCAUUUACAAGUCUGUACUAUAGUGUUUAGUAGCGUAUGCUUUCCAAGGGAGAUACAAUUUAUGCUUUGAGAAGUAUUGCUUCCUUUACCAGUAACUUGAAGGGUGGAAAAUCUGAUAUUAGACACCAUAGUUAUACACUGUUGCAUACAUUUUUGAAAACGCAAGUGACAUUUGAUCACAUUUGGAAUUUGAUUUUGUGUAUAGGGCUUCAUGAUAUGUCAGGCCAGGCUGUUUUUCUUUUUAGAUGUCAGCUUACUAAAAUGACUGAAUUUGGUGAAGGAAAUAAAGGCUUGAAGCCUGCUUCCUAUGAAAGAAUAGUUUUCAAGAAUGCUUCUGAAUACCACUAUCUGAAAAUCCAUUUGGAGUUCCAAGAAGCUGACAUUAGCCUGAAUGCUGUCGAGUUCAAACAACUUAUCAUCUCUGCUUUGAAACGGCUGCAUGGUGAGGUUGGUGCUGCUCUGCCUGUUGAUUUGUUGACAUAUGAGGAAAAAACCUUGUCUGCAAUACUUAGGGUACCUACUAUUGGCUUGGUGAAGUUGUGGAGUGCUCUUACUCUGUUUGGUUCCUACCAGAACAGAAAGUGUUCUUUUAGGGUGAUACAGACCUCUCCGUUUCUUCUUGCAUUAGCUGGGAACAGCAGAGAGAUGGUGCUAGAUUAAAUAUGCUGAAAAACAACUGACUAGAGC